GGAAAGCGCCAUUUUUCUCCGAAUUUUUUCUCCGCGUUCUCCGUGUGUCAAUAUUGUGGUUUCCGUGGUUUCCGCAGAAUUUGUAAUAAAAUAUUUACCAGGAUCAGGAUGAUGUGUCGACUGUGUCUGGAAGACAACAUCAAUGAUGGAGUAACUUGUGAAGAUUUCCCUGAAAUAUCGGAAAUUGUUAAAAGUACUUUAGACAUUGAUAUGAACGAAGAGAAUGAGUAUCCACGAACUAUUUGUGCUACCUGCUAUGAAAUUAUAAUGGAAUAUUAUUCAUUCCGGACACGGUGUAUUGAGAAUCAGAAGACUCUUAAAAUCAGACUUAUUAAGCAGAAGGUGGCUGAAAUGAGAAGAAAAACGAUUGAGGAUGACAAUGAAGUUAUUUUUGUGGGUAUUAUUAAGCCAGAAAAGGAACAGGAGCCUGUAGUUCAAAGUCAGGAAAGUGAUGAAGAAAUACGAGGGUUCACGGGUAAAACUUAUGGAGAAGAUGUAAGUAAAAAAAGGAAGUUGACAGAAGUGGCGGAAAUGGAAGAGAAUUGCAAGGUGAGGAGGACAGAGAGUCAAAUGGAAAGGUAUGGAAUAAUUCCGUGCAGUGUUGCUGUCAAGAGACUUACAGCCGAAGCCAUUGAGAGGAUCAUCAAAUUGUACCAAUGGAAAAGAAAUCACAGUAACGAUCACAACUAUAUUCGCAUUCAGGCACCGUCUGUUGAUCCACCGAGAAAUAAAAGUGUGAUCCAGGUAGUCAGGACGUACUGCAGCGGCACCAAAAGUAUUUCCAGCCAAAAUACCUCACCAGCUGCCCGGAAUGAUACUGGCGAGAGCUCUAAGAGUCGAAUUGAACAACCAAAUUCUGCCUCACCACGUUUAAAGGUACUGUCCAGUGCUGAAAUCAAUUCUCGGGCACAGCAACAUCACAGGCUAUCUUGCACUCUCAUCAACAAUCGGGGAAAGCUAGAUUUCAAUUUCACCGAUGAAAAGAAUAACGAAAUUAAUUUCUGGAGCAUGACUGAACGGCAGAAGAAGGACAUCCUGAGUACAUUUGAACCAGAAGAGGUUUUACAGAAACUCAGAAAAUAUUUCAAAGUAACCCCAAUCACACGGGACAUGGAGGCUAAAUUGCUAUCGCUCUAUCAGGGUACCAUCCCAUUCUCCGUGAUUGUUGAAGAUUAAAAAUCCAUCUUUCCCGGAAAAUACAAUAAAA